GUAACCAUGCUCCUCCUCCUCCUUCGCUCUCGUCCCCGAAGACGGAAGCCUGCCGGAAAGUGAAGAGGAGCGGAGUUGACGAGAUGGGGGGUUCCAAAGUGAAGGUGGCGGUGCGGAUCCGACCCAUGAAUAAGAGAGAAAUAGAUCUGCAUACAAAAUGUGUGAUAGAUGUGGAGACCAACAAAGUUAUUCUUCAUCCUGUGAACACUAACCUUUCAAAAGGAGAUGCUAGGAGCCAAGCAAAGGUGUUUGCCUAUGAUCACUGCUUCUGGUCUAUGGAUGAAACUAACAAAGAAAAAUAUGCAGGUCAAGAUGUUGUUUUCAAGUGCCUUGGUGAGAACAUUCUCCAGAAUGCCUUUGACGGUUACAAUGCGUGCAUUUUUGCCUAUGGACAGACUGGAUCUGGAAAAUCCUACACAAUGAUGGGCACAGCUGAUGAACCUGGACUAAUACCUCGGCUCUGUAGCAGUCUUUUUGAAAGAGCCCAGCAAGAGGAGAGCGAAGAGCAGAGUUUUAAGGUGGAAGUAUCCUACAUGGAGAUUUAUAAUGAGAAAGUCAGAGAUCUGCUGGACCCAAAGGGGAGCCGUCAAUCUUUAAAAGUCAGAGAGCACAGUGUUUAUGGACCUUAUGUAGAUGGUCUUUCAAAACUAGCUGUUGCCAAUUACAAGGAUAUAGAAUCUUUGAUGUCUGAAGGCAAUAAAUCUCGUACAGUUGCUGCAACAAACAUGAAUGAAGAGAGCAGUCGAUCCCACGCUGUUUUCAAAAUUAUCCUCACACACAUAUUGUAUGAUGUAAAAUCAGGGACCUCCGGUGAGAAAGUAGGCAAGUUGAGCCUGGUUGACCUAGCAGGCAGUGAAAGAGCAACCAAGACGGGAGCUGCAGGCGAUAGGUUGAAGGAAGGAAGCAACAUCAACAAGUCUCUCACAACUCUUGGGUUGGUCAUUUCAGCCCUGGCAGAUCAAGCGGCUGGAAAAAAUAAGAACAAGUUUGUUCCUUAUCGUGACUCAGUGCUCACUUGGCUACUCAAAGACAGCCUUGGUGGCAACAGUAAGACUGCAAUGGUUGCUACUGUCAGUCCAGCAGCAGAUAAUUACGAUGAGACACUUUCUACCUUGAGGUAUGCAGACCGAGCCAAGAACAUUGUGAACCAUGCCGUGGUCAAUGAAGAUCCCAAUGCCCGAAUCAUCCGAGAACUGAGGGAGGAAGUAGAAAAACUCAGGGAACAGCUUACCAAAGCAGAGGCUAUGAAAUCUCCAGAAUUAAAAGAACGUUUGGAAGAGUCUGAAAAACUUAUCCAGGAGAUGACAGUAACCUGGGAAGAGAAGCUCAGGAAGACAGAGGAAAUUGCACAGGAACGGCAGAAACAACUUGAAAGCCUUGGCAUCUCUCUUCAGUCAUCUGGGAUCAAAGUGGGUGAUAACAAGUGCUUUCUGGUGAAUUUGAAUGCUGACCCUGCACUCAAUGAACUUUUGGUCUACUAUUUAAAGGAGCACACACUCAUUGGAUCUGAUAAUUCCCAAGAUAUACAGCUCUGUGGAUUGGGGAUUCUUCCUGAACACUGUAUAAUAGAUAUCACUGGGGAUGGACAAGUCAUGUUGACGCCUCAGAAGAAUACUAGGACAUUUGUGAAUGGUACAGCUGUUGUAGGUCCCACACAACUACACCACGGCGAUAGAAUUUUGUGGGGAAACAACCAUUUUUUCCGGUUGAAUUUGCCAAAAAAGAAAAAGAAAAUAGAAACAGAGGAUGAAGACAAAGAUAGUUCAAUGAAAGGAAGCAACAGCUCUGAACAGCUGGAUUUAGAUGGAGACAGCUCCAGCGAGGUAUCCAGUGAAAUCAGCUUCAACUAUGAAUAUGCCCAAAUGGAAGUAACUAUGAAAGCUCUUGGAGGAAAUGAUCCAAUGCAGUCCAUUUUACAAAGUCUAGAGCAACAGCAUGAAGAGGAGAAGCGGUCAGCACUGGAGCGGCAGCGACUUAUGUACGAGCAUGAACUAGAACAGCUCCGGAGGCGCCUGUCUCCUGAGAAGCAGCAUUUCCGCACCAUGGACAGGUUUUCCUUCCAUUCUCCCAAUGCACAGCAACGUUUACGCCAGUGGGCAGAAGAGAGAGAAGAGAUGCUGAACCACAGCCUAAGGAAAUUGAGGGAGCAGAUUAUGAAGGCCAACUUGUAUGUUAGAGAAGCCAGCUUCAUUGCAGAAGAGAUGGACAAAAGGACUGAAUAUAAGGUCACUCUCCAAAUUCCAGCCUCAAGCCUUAACGCAAACAAAAAGCGGGGUGCAGUGCUUAGUGAGCCAGCCAUUCAGGUGAGACGAAAAGGGAAAGGCAAACAAAUCUGGUCCCUGGAGAAACUGGAGAACCGGUUGGUAGAUAUGCGAGACCUCUAUCAAGAAUGGAAAGACUGUGAGGAAGAUAACAUGGUUAUGAGGUCUUAUUUUCGGCGAGCAGAUCCUUUUUAUGAUGAGCAAAAGAACCACAGCCUAAUUGGAGUCGCCAAUGUCUUCCUUGAGUGUCUCUUUUAUGAUGUGAAGCUGCAGUAUGCUGUGCCCAUCAUCAAUCAGAAAGGAGAGGUAGCAGGUCGCCUGCAUGUUGAAGUGGUACGUGUGAGUGGAGAUAUCGGGGAGAGAAUUGCAGGAGGUGAUGACAGCUUGGAAGGCUGCUUUGAGAAUGAUCAGCAGGAAAACAAGUUAGUGUGCAUGAUUAAAAUUCUUCAAGCUACUGGUUUGCCUCAGCAUCUCUCCAAUUUUGUGUUCUGCAAGUAUUCUUUCUGGGACCAGCUGGAACCUGUGAUGGUUGCCCCUGAAAUGGAUCCUUCUUCAUCUCCCAUCAGCAAGGAGCCACGGUGCAUGGUUGUCUUCGAUCAUUGCAAUGAAUUCUCUGUCAGUAUCACUGAAGAUUUUAUGGAAUAUCUUUCUGAUGGUGCUCUAGCUAUUGAAAUAUAUGGACACAAACAGUGUGAUUCUCGCAAAAACCCAGCACUGUGGGAUUUAGGAAUAAUUCAAGCCAAAACACGAAGCCUCCGAGACAGAUGGAGUGAGGUCACCCGCAACGUGGAGCUAUGGGUUCAGAUUUUGGAACUUAAUGAGAAUGGAGAAUACUGUCCAGUAGAAGUAACUCUACCAAAGGAUGUACAUACAGGUGGCAUUUUUCAGCUUAAGCAGGGACAGUCACACCGAAUCCAAGUGGAAGUGAAAUCUGUACAAGAAUCAGGAACAUUGCCUCUCAUGGAAGAAUCCAUCUUAUCUGUAGCAGUGGGCUGUGUGCAGAUCAGACAUAUCAAGUCACCAAAAAGUCAUGAAAAUUAUCAGGAAGAAGACGAUGACAUGGACAGUUAUCAGGAUAGAGAUCUAGAGAGGUUGCGCAGGAAAUGGUUAAAUGUUCUUACAAAACGUCAAGAGUAUCUAGAUCAACAGCUGCAGAAACUUGUGGGAAAGCCUGACAAAUCAGAAGAUGAUGUUGAUCGAGAAGCUCAGCUCUUAGAGAUGAGGCUGACCCUUACAGAAGAGAGGAAUGCUGUAAUGGUGCCCUCUGCUGGCAGUGGGAUCCCUGGCGCACCUGCUGAGUGGACCCCUGUGCCUGGUAUGGAGACACACAUUCCAGUCAUUUUCCUUGAUUUAAAUGCAGAUGACUUCAGCUCUCAGGAUAAUCUUGAUGAGCCAGAAGCUGGUGGUUGGGAUGCUACUCUUAUUGCUGAAGAUGAAGAUGAAUUCUUUGAGUUACAGAUUGUAAAGCACCAUGAGAAUGAGGUGAAAGCUGAAGCUUCCUGGGAUUCCACAGUUCACAACUGUGCACAGCUUAGCAGAGGAACAAUGGCUGAACAGAGAGUCUUCCUGAUUGUGAGAGUUACAGUACAGCUCAGCCAUCCAGCAGAAAUGCAGCUUGUCCUUCGUAAGCGGAUCUGCGUCAAUGUUUAUGGCAAACAGGGUUUUGCUCAGAGUUUCCUGAGAAGAAUGUCUUACCGGAGUUCUGUACCUGGCUGUGGAAUCACCUUUGAAAUUGUUUCAAAUAUCCCAGAGGAUGCUCAGGGGGCAGAGGAACGUGAGGCAUUAGCAAGAAUGGCGGCCAAUGUUGAAGAUGCAGCUUCUGCUGCUUCAGAAGUCCAUAUAGAAAAAUACCUUCGAAGUGUGUUGGCUGUAGAAAACAUCCUUACUCUUGAUCGAUUGCGCCAGGAGGUUGCUGUGAAGGAACAGCUAACAGGAAAGGGAAAACUUUAUCGGAAGAGUCUCAGUUCACCAAAUGUCAAUCGACUAUCAGGAAGCCGCCAAGAUCUAAAUCCAUCAUACAGCCUUGCUUCUUACAAAUGUCUCAAGGUCGUACCAGAGAGUCGAUGGGAAAGCCAGCAAGAUAUUUCUCAGAUUUCAACAGAGUCCAGGUCCAGUGCAAGUCUCCAUGAUUCAACUCAGCAAAAUGGCACUACAGACCAAGGACUCAGUAGCCUGGCUGCCUCUUACCUGAAUCCUGUGAAGUCCUUCGUGCCUCAGAUGCCAAAGCUGCUGAAAUCUCUGUUUCCUGUUAGAGAUGAAAAAAAGGGCAGACAGAUGUCUCUCCUUGCGCAGCAGCCAGUCCCACGAAUUAUGGUUCAGCCUGCCAAGAUUGAUGCCAAUCCUGCAAAAGCCCAACAGCUUACCCAAGGACAAGGAAGCAAAGGACCUUCUGAGGUGGCUUUGCAGUUGACAGAGUUGGAGAAGAACCUUGAAAGAUCAACCAAAGUGCCUUUACAGCAGUCCACAGUGGACAUCCAAGCACAGGAUUCUCAGGAGGGUCCACCAAGUCCCUUGAGUGAAACUUCUAGUGGAUACUUCUCACACAGUGUUUCUACAGCAACCCUUUCUGAAGCUCUUGUAUCAGGAAAUGACCCCCAUCUUCAACCCAGUAGUCAGACCUCCAUCACAAACGAUGUCCCCCCAACUUCAACAACUCCUAAGGUAGUUUCUUCAACAGAUGGUCCUAUAAAAUCAUGUUCUGAUUUAGCUUCUCAGUGUUGCCAUUCUCUUUCAACGAGGGAUCCAGUUCUCCCUGGCCUUAAAGAUGAUCAAAUUGACAAGGACAAUGACAAAGUGAGCCAUAAUGGCAACUUAAAAUCAAGACCUGUAGAUUCUGCCAUUGCUCUAAAUGAAGAUCAGGUUUCUAUCUCCCUAGUUACUGAGGAUACAAAUUGCUAUUCUAAUAAGAAACAAAUACAAUUGACACAGACAACCAUCUUAUUACCAUCGGAGAACCCUCUUUCUGUCACAAAGAAGGCUCCCAUUUAUAAAACAGGACCUUCAAAGUCUCAGGCUACAGUUGACCUGUCUUCUCAGUCCAGCACUACAACUUCUCCAUUCAAAAUCCAAAGAGUACGAACAUCAGAACUCAAGUCUUUCUCCAGUAUGUUGAGUGGUGAUUCAGGAGCUUCUUUGUGUUCAGAGGAAGAAAAGAGCAGACAGAAUUCAGAAGACUCAGACCAGAACAACAGCAUAGAUGCUGGUUCUGAAGAGAAAUUGGAUGCAGCAGUAUCUGACUCAGAAGAAGCCAAUGAAAUCCCAGAUUGGCUGAAAGAAGGUGAAUAUGUAACUGUUGGCACAAAUAAAAUGGGCACCGUGAGAUAUGUUGGUCCAACAGAUUUCCAGGACGGAACCUGGGUUGGAGUCGAGUUGGAUUUGCCAUCAGGUAAAAAUGAUGGCUCAAUUGGAGGCCGGCAGUACUUCAAAUGCAAUCCAGGAUAUGGGCUCCUUGUGAAGCCAAGUCGAGUCAAAAGAGCUACAGGUUCUGCAAGGCGCCGGAGUGCUGGAAUGAAAUUGCAGGGCACAACUGGGACCGGAACUGAGCAUCGGCGGAGCGGUACAUUCUCAGGCUCUGCCUCCAAUUUGGCUUCUUUGACUGCUUUAGCCAAGACAGAAGGAGGAUCACUUCCAAGGACUGAGAAAAGUAAAAAGAAUACAGAAAACAGGAAAUCAUGGGCUACUUGAGAGCAUCACCCGAUGGGCAUGUCUGCCUGGCUCGCAACACUACUGUGUGAAGUUGAUCCUUCCUUCCUUCCUUCCUUCCUUCCUUCCUUCCUUCCUUCCUUCCUUCCUUCCUUCCUUCCUUCCUUCCUUCCUUCCUUCCUUCCUUCCUUCCUUGCCAUUCUUUGCACUACUAAGCCAGUUAGGAGAAGAUGGUUGAUGUGUGUCAGAAUAUAUGUGUAUUCUUAAUUUUUUUUACUGAAAUUUGUUGACCUUUGUCAUGAUGGAAUAACAUGAGACUCUUGGUGCAAAUGGUGACCUUUCCCAGUGUAGUUUUCCAAAUCUCUCCUUUCAUUCCCCAGCCAUUCAAAGGAAACCAUCUGUAAGAGAUGUUGGCAGGGCUUAUUUUCUAGAAAGACUGCCAAGUGCUGCUUACUAUCAAAAUGUUGUCAUUCCAAGGUUCACCAUUAAACCACAGCAAACCAAUUAGAAUCAGAAUUUGGCAGAUCACAGCCUAUUGGAAAAAGUGCCUGUCUUUAAGACUUCAUUUAUGAUCUUUAAACUGUUUUUGUUGAUUUCAGUGGAAAAAUAUUACCCCUCACUCUACUGGAAUGACAGUUGGGGACUAGGCUACAUCCAUGUUGCUUUUCUUAAUUCUUAAUCCAACCUGUGAUUACAGUCUAAUAUAUCUGACCUUUUCCAGGAGAAGGCUUUGCUUUUUUCUCUUCUAGUGGUUUAUUGCUAUGGUUGGUUGCAGAGUCAGCCAGAUUUUUAGAUUGGAUUUGGCUUUUUUAUCAACCUAUCAUGUCCUUCCCAAGGACCUAGGGUGGGCAGAUGUUGUCGUUUCAUGUUGUUAAAGGUAUUGUUACUAUUAUUAUUUUCAGCAUUCCCUUCAGUGCUGUUGUAUUUAUAAAGUAAACCUCAGCAUGUGGCCUUCUUUGCCUUUGUUUUAAGUAACAUAAUGCAAAGAGGGAAUUCAAAACCCUAGACGUAGGGUGGGCCUUCCUUAUGAUCUGGAUUUUCCCCAGUCAUAAACCUGGGUAAACUAUCCUUGUCCAUGUUGCUAGAGCUGUAUAUUUAUUUGUUAUUUAUUUUCUUUUUAAAAAGAAGUAUAGGGAAUCCCUUGCGACUUACAAUCAACCCAAUAACUACCAUUGCACAGAAACACACAUAGAACAGGAUAAUCUGCUUCUUUCCAUAUACUCACAUUGUCUUCUUCCUAUGGAAGAAGAGGGGGUGAAUUCAAAAUGAAUAUAUGUUAUAAAUGUCUGCAGGAUUUUGAGGUUACAACUUGAAUGGUGUGUGUAAUUUUCAUGGGUGCAAUUGGAGCUUAUCUGCAUAACUUUCAGCCAGAGAUGGCUUCUCAAUGGCUUGAAAAUCUCUUUUGGAAAAGUCCCAACAGGGAAAUAAAAUUAGCUUUAUUGCCCAGAUAGAAUGAGGUUUAGCUAUUUUUAAAAUGAGGGUAAUGGCUCACGGUGAAUCAGAUGCUUUGCCUGCAGUAGGUUUCAGGUUGAACCCAGCUACACAGAGGGCUGAGAAAGGUCCUUGUUCAACAAACACUCUGGAGAACAAUUGCCAAGAAGCUGUAUUACAUGGGCCAGGGAUUUGGCCUUGGAUAAUCUGGCUUCUGAUGCUCUUGUGAAAGAAUGCAGGAAUGUCCAAAGUAAAAUGGUUGGAAAUUGAGCAGAGGGAUUUUAUGGAGAGCAUUAGGCAAUGGCAGUCACAUCUAAAUGAUGCUAAUAAGAGCGAAAAUCUUUUGGCUCCACGAAUGUAGCUAGCCACCAAAAGAUAACAGACACUGAGAAGGAAUGCUGCUGGACUAUCUAAGGGCUUGCUUAGCAGCAUAUAAAUUCUCAUGACCUAUAUUUUUAUAUCCUCCUUCCAUAUGCUGCUAAUAGACUCUCUUUGUACUGGUGAGCUUAAGGAAAUUGAUCUAACUAUUACAUCUUAAAUGACUUCCUUCUGUACUAAUCUGAUUUUCUAACUGAAGAAAACUGUUUUACAAUUAAAGCUGCAACUAAGGAGAUUGAGGAAAUUGGCAGCAAAGCUCAGCAGUUUCCAGAGAGCCGUCAUUUUCUUGCUUUCUUUGCGUAUAUGGAAUUGGAAUAUUUUAUGGUUGUAGAACAUUUACAUAAUUUGAAGCAGUCUUUUGUUCCAACAAAACAAAAAUCAUUUUUAAAAAAAAAAAAAAAAAACCUUAAGAUCUUCCUGCUGAUCCAGGCAGGAUGAAGUACAUUGAAGCCUUGUUAAUAUCAAUGCGCUAAUAAUGCUCUUAGAUUUCGGCCCUCCUUCAGGACUGUUUUAUUGGGUGGGUGAAAAACACUAGAACAAUGGUCAAGCACUGUCCUGCUUAAUUACAACUUGGAUGGCUACUUUCUGAUUAACUGCCUACUGUUGUAUUUUAAUUUUUUAAAUAUUUUUUUAUGAAAAGUUUACAAAGAACAUAAAAAUUAACAUAAACUAAUAAAAAUAGAAAGCAGAAAAGAUACACCAGAAAAAGAAAGAAAAAAGACAAAAGAGCAGAAACGGUUUUGGGGUUUUGUUUUUUUUUUUGAUAUGCAGGCCUUUUCCAAGUCAUUUACAUGCACUUUAUCCUAAAGGAAAACAGAGCUAGCCCCACAAGAAGUAUUGACAGGCUGUGGACAAUUUAGAGUUUGUUUAGGGUAGUGAUUUUCAAAUGUUUUCAGUCUACAUUGUAGAACCUAUUGUUUUUUUAAAAAAAUUAAAAAUCCCAGGAUCCCUAUCAAGUGCUAGAAAACUGGCUGCAUGCGAGUGAACCUUUUUUUUUUCUUUUUGCCCUUAGCCUCUCACAUAACCCUAUCAAGUUUUCAUGAAAUUCUAGGUUUCCAUGGGAUGCAGGUUGAAAAAAAAAACCUGCUUUAGAUACUUGUAAAUUUGGGUUCACUAUAAUCUUUGUACCUGCUCGCUCGCUCUCCAUCUCCAGUGCGGAAUUACAAACUACGUCGUCCCCCAACAACAUAAUCUGUAUUUUAUUCAGCAAUCAAGGCACACUAUCUAUAAUGCAGACUAGCUUUCAAGAAUUAUUUGAAAAAAUAGUGAAGAAAGAGGAAACAAGAAAGUGAUUCCCACUGGUUUUCUGGACUGGAAAAGUGAACUUUAUAAGAUAGGGCCUUCUUGACCAAUAGUGAGAUUCUUCUCUUUCCCUUUCUCUGAAUUAAGCUCUAUUUCUCUUUUUAAAGCAAACAGAGGAGGGAUGGAACUGGUGGAAUAAGCUGAAGAGGUUUCCCCAGUUUGAGUAAUCAGGAAGCUGUGUUAACAAACCCUUGUUCAAAUGGGUUUUGAAAUAUUGUUGAUGUGCUGCUAGUACUACUUAGAAAAGAAUAUUCAUUUUGUUUCCGUCCAUUAACUUCUAAAGCAAAAGUUUUUUGAAGUGCUCUACUAAAAUCACCAUCCCAGACUUCUCUGCAACUAAGAAGUCUGUCUUAAACAUUAAAAAAAAAUCCAAAUAAUGUUACCUAAUUGAUUUACUACUGCAUUCCUUUUGCACAUGAUUUGCAUCCAACAAUUUUAAGCAAAACAAUAUUAUGACGGUUGUGACAGGCAUCUGUGACACUGCUUUGCAAGAAAUGACAUGUAAUUCCAAUAGCCACAGCUGUUUCAUUUUAACCAGGCCACACCAUGGUGCCUUAGUUCAAAACUGAUUGACCAUUACUCCUCCCACGUGCCUACUACUUCCCUUAUUUUGCAUGGCAAUUGAUUCCAUACAGCAAGCUCGUUUUUUUUCAAUGUGUAUGGUUCAGUAUCCCAUUCUGAAUGUUUUGGUUGCCAUCAUCUUCCUUUGUUAAAGUUUGUACCUUUGUGGAAAAGAUUUGAAGAUUAGAAAUUGUUGAAAAAUGUGCAUGUGCACCAUAGAGCCUUCAUAAAGAGACUAUGUUAUUUCAGUCUGUCGUAAAAUGUCAGAGCAGAGAUUGACCAUAUCAUGUGAUGAGCAACAUUAGUAGGUCAGCCAUGCAGUUGGAACAGUUUCUUCUAGUGAAACUAGGGUAAUGGCUCUGUUUGGAAACUGACAAUAUACAAAAAUCUUAUAUUGAGAUAGUAUGGAAUUGUCACUUAAAUAUUCUUAGGAUCCAACUUCAAAUUCUCAUUUAGCCCCAAAGUUCACUGGGUGCCAAUGGAAACCUCUAUCAGAUCUUUAUCGAACAGGCUGCUUGUCACUUACUUCAAGGCAAACUGGAAUUUAAAUUAAUCAAUGCAAAAAUUAUAUAAUUCUCUUUUACAUAAGUCUUCCUUUUAUAUUAGCACAUAUUUUUCAUAAUCUGGAUUGCUGCCGAUUAAUGUAUUGCAUCCAUUGAUCUGGCACUGUUACAUGCUAGGCAAUGUUUAAUAAUGACAAUUGGCACUCAGUGGAAUGUAACAUCCUGUAUGAUUCUAAGGCAUAAUCCUAUCUGUCUUGAAAAUCGAGAGAAAAGAUUCUUCAUAGCAUAUGCAACAUCUCUUUACGGUUCUUCAUUCCUUUUCAGUGUCACAAUGCCUUUCUUUUGGGCAGAAAAGUGGGAUAAACUAAUAAUUUGUAUCAGCAUCUGAAAGACAUUUUUACUGAGGCCAAAAGCCACAUGGAACUCUAUUCAGCAUGACAGUAUUCGCAGGACCUCUCAUGACUGUCAUGACUGUGCAUCUAACUUAAAGUUCAGUUAAGGUAUCCUGAGAGACCUACAAAAAGAUGACCUUUUAUUUGGAGAGCAAGUUCACCUUCCAAGCAACUCUACCCACUAGGCUACCCAAAGCAUUUCAUUGCCUGGACACUAACUUCCUGUUUUUGAGGAGCUGUUUCUCAAUUGUCUUUUCUGUUAAUUUGUCAUUUUGUAAAUGUUGGGAGCCUGUAUAUAAAGAACAAAUGUUGAGACUGGUUUUCAGAAAUAUUGUUGCUUGUACCUUUUUAAAAGAUGCUAAAAUCCAAAGAUUCUUGUAAUGAAGUGUAAAGUUUGUAAUGGUCUCUCUUGUAUUAUAUACUAAACUUGUAAUAUUGUACCAUAUCUGUGACAAAUGUUAUCUAAAUAAAAUACUUUCCUUCUGUCAA